AUGGUCAAGUAUAUUGGGAACCUGAAGGAAUCUGAUUCUUCUAGUCCAAUUCAAUUAGAGAAAGAUGGAGAUAUUGAUGUUAUCAUGACUACAUCACAAGCCCAACAGGAGGAGAUUAUUGAUAUGGUAAAAGGUAAUAGUGAGGAUGGUUAUGGUGAAACAAAGCAUUUCAUUAAAGAUGGUUGUAUGCCUAAUCCAUUUGUUCAACAACUUAAGGAAGAAGAAAUUGAUGCUGGACUUAAUGAGGCUGGAGCUUCUUUUUCCACUCCUAAGAGCAUGGAAAAGGAGGUUCGAAAUGAGUGUGAGUUGAAAGACAUUCAAGAUAAAAUUCAAGUUGAGGGUUAUUCUUCAAAAUAUUUUGAAAAGGAAAAUGAUAUUCUGAGAAAGUACCAUGAUGUCAUAGCCAAGGAAGAGGAUGUUUCAGAUGGAGUGAAAGAAUUUUCUGGAGCUAGAUCGUUGCUCAAAGAACUCAAUUCUACCUUUAUCGUGAUGAUUCCAAAAUGUCCUAGGGCUGAUUCUAUGAAUAGCUUCCACCCAAUUAGCCUUUGUAAUUCAUUCUAUAAGAUUAUUUCUAAUGUUCUCAUGCUGAGGCUUUUUUCCAUCUUGUCAGAUAUCAUUUCUCGUCAACAGAAUGGAUUUGUCCUUGGUAGACAGAUUCUGGAUUCUAUCAUUACUGUGCAUGAGAACAUCUAUUCCUUGGAGGUGUCUUGUAAAGAGGGCUUUCUUAUGAAGUUGGAUCUUUCUAAAGCUUAUGAUAUAAUUGAUUGGCAUUUUCUCUCUAGAAUGCUUCAUGCAUUUGGAUUUUGUGAUAGAGUUAUUAAGCUCAUUUGGUAG